UAUAAAAAAAGAGAACCACUCCUUCCAAGCCUAGUCCACGCCCGGUGGUCGCCGUUUAGAUUCCAAGCUAAACACACAGUCAAGGGUGUAAGGAUGGCGACGUUGCUGGAAUCGGCUGGUACUGAGUCUAUAUGUAAUAGCAAUUCAAUGCUACCCUCUGAAGCCUCCAGUCUUUCGCACCGAUUUGUUGACAACAAAUUUUAUCUGCUCGCGGUUAUUGGAGAAAUUGUUUCAGAAGACCAUUUGAAGUGUGCCAUUGCAGAUAUUGAAAAGGGAAUCCGGACAUGGGACACUAAUCUGAUUGACUGCAACUUGGACCAAGAACUCAAACUUUUCGUGUCCCGCCACUCUGCAAGGUUUUCUCCAGAUGUACGAGGUCAAAGGAUCCUGCACCACAAAAGCAAUGUUUUGGAGACGGUGGUGCUUAUUAAUCCAUCCGACGAGGCAGUCUCCACUGAGGUUCGGUUGAUGGUCUCAGAUACUGCCAGGCACAAAUUGCUGGUGCUUUCAGGACAAUGUUUUGAAAACACAGGGGAGCUCAUUCUUCAGUCUGGGUCCUUCUCAUUCCCGGAUUUCAUCGACAUCUUCACCGAUCAAGAGAUUGGGGAACUACUCAGCAACACACAUCCAGCAAACAAGGCAAACCUAACCUUGUUCUGCCCUGAAGAAGGUGACUGGAAGAACUCAAACCUGGACAAACACAACCUCCAAGACUUCAUAAACAUGAAGCUGAACUCUGCGGUCAUCCUGCCCGAAAUGGAGGGCCUCUCUGAGUUUGCGGAGUACCUGGCCGAGUCCGUGGAGAUCCCGUCGCCCUUCGACAUGCUGGAGCCCCCGACCUCUGGGGGGUUUCUGAAGCUGUCGAAGCCCUGCUGCUACAUCUUCCCGGGGGGGCGUGGAGACUCCGCCCUGUUCGCCGUCAACGGGUUCAACAUGCUGAUCAACGGGGGCUCGGAUCGCAAGUCCUGCUUCUGGAAGCUGGUCCGACAUCUGGACAGGGUGGACUCCAUAUUGCUGACCCACAUCGGCGAUGACAACCUGCCGGGGAUCAACAGCGUGCUUCAGCGGAAAAUAGCGGAACUGGAGGAGGAUCAGUCGCAGUGCUCCACGGCUAACAGCGAGGUGGUGAAAAAUCUCAUAUCCCCCGAUCUGGGGGUUGUGUUUCUGAACGUCCCUGAAGACCUCAAAAACCCAGAGCCGAACUACAGGGUGCGAAGGACCAUCGAGGAGGUGUCUCACACAUUGCAGUACCUAAACAAGCUGUCCUUAAAGCCCGAGCCUCUUUAUAGGCAAGCUAAAAACUCUACAGAGCCUAUCAUAUUAUUCCAGAAAAUGGGUGUCGGGAAGUUAGAGAUGUAUGUGCUAAACCCAACGAAAAACAGUAAAGAGCUCAACUACUUUAUGAAACAGUGGACUGGUAGUGAGAAAGAUUGUGCUUCUCUGUUGCUUCCAAAUGGAAAGAAGUCUGAGAUGCCAUUAAGUUACCUGACCUCUGUUUCAUCACUGAUAGUGUGGCAUCCUGCUAACCCUUCAGAAAAGAUAGUACGAGUCCUGUUCCCCGGCAAUGCCGCGCAACAUAAUAUACUAGAGGGUCUGGAAAAGCUCAAGCAUUUAGACUUCUUGAAAUAUCCUGUGGUCACUCAGAAAGAGCUGUUGUCCAAUGUGGCACCAGCACUGAAGCAAGCAAAACUGAAGCACAAAACAGAUAGUAAAGAAAGUCUGAAGUCAGCUUCAAAGCUGUCAUCCAGCCAAACAUCUAAGAUAGAAGCAAAGGAACAGACUCCAAAGAAAGCAAAAACAGAUGAAUCCAAAGCAACCCAGGAAAAGACUAAGAAAUUUGAGAGGAAAGAGCAAAUUCUGGUGAAAAAGGAGAAAUCACAGACAACAGAUAGUGAAGUCAAGGCAAAAUCAGAUCAGACAUCUAAAAAUGCAACCCCAGAGAAAAAGAAACUAGAGCCUAAACAAAAAAUAAAAACACCCAAAGAACAAGUGUCAAAAAAAGAUAUCAAGGUAAGUGAAAGGAAUAAAGAGGGAAAUGAAGUCAAAAAGGAAUCUGUGAAGAAGGAUGAGAAGUUAGUCUCGAAGAAAGAAGAAAAGGCUAAAAAGGAGGAAAAGGUAAAAAAGGAAGAAACUAAGAAAGAGUUCAAAAAAGAAAUGAAAAGGGAUACAAGGAAAGAUUCUCCAGUGAAGGAGAUCAAGAAGGAAGAGAAGAAAGAGCUUAAGAAAGAGGAAAUUGAGCUCAAGAGAGAUGUGAAGAAGCUCUCUAAGGACUCAAAGAAAUCCGCAGCGCCUGCAGGGGACGCCAAAAAACCUGUGCCAAAACCUAAACUGCAAAAAAAAGAAGACGCGUCGAAGAAGAGUACAGGGAGCCCUGCAAAAAUAAAAGAGAAAGGCAAAGUCAAGAGUACCAAUAAAAAGGAAAGCAAGCCGAGCGAAGACAAGCUCGGCACUGCCACGGCCGGAGUAGCGGCCUGCAUGGCUGCAGCCGCCGGCAUCGCAGAGGCUCUCGAGUCCGAGAGGUCUCUGAUGUCUUCCCCGGAAGAUCUCACCAAGGAUUUCGAGGAGCUGAAGGAGCACAAAGUUGUGCCGGACGAGAAAAAAAACGACGGCGAUUUGCCGGUCAUAAUGUGUCACGACGAGACCGCGUCCCCGAAAAAAUCCCCGGAGGCGGACGAGCACGCGGAAUCGCUGGACGAGGGAAUAACCACGACCGAGCCCGAAGGCGAGUCCGGCGGGACCCCGGAUGAGCCCGAGAGCAAGGGAAAAAUCAGCGGCGACGCCAACGAGAAAUUUGAGGACGAGGGCACUGGGCUGGAGGAGUCCUCGGAAGCCGGGGACUACGAAGAGAAAGGCGAGAGCGACCAGGACGACGAGCGAGAAUAUCUCGUGGGGAAGAAAGGCACACAGUAUUCAGGCAGCUAUGGCGAGGGCAAAGGAAAUGGAAACGAAGGCCCUCGUUCUCCCGUAGCUUCCGUUCGCAACGACAGACUUCCGGCUGGCGCUGAAAGUGAACCUUCAUCAGAUGAAGAAAACUGCAAUAAACCCUUGGAAGAGUAUACAGUACGGUCCGGUCUCCCUCAACUUGCCACUAAUAUUUCUACCAGCGCGUCAGCACCAGUGGAGCACGUGCCAAAACCAAGGGGCUUUAAAAGUGAUGAAUCUGUGUCCCCUUCACAGGUGUUUGUGAUGGGUAGUUAUGAUAGAGUAAGACCAUCUUCCCUUCCUGAUAGCCCAACCUCUGACCAUUCAAAGAGUGAUGUCACUGAAGGAAGGGACUAUCACCCUUCAGCCUCAACGAUAUCUCCAGCAUCAUCGCUGGAGGAGGACCGUUAUUGCAAGCAGUUUGCUGAUGAAACUGCAACUCCUGAAGAGAAGACAGUUCGGCAUAACUUACCCUUGGGGAUUUCAGAGAAAAUGACUGCUAAUUCGACAAAACUUAGCCCGGCUCCUCUCUCGCCACUCAUCAAGACCCCUACAAGCGACUGUAGCGUUAACUCCGACUUGACACCGACUGCUGUCGCGGCACCGGUUGAUUCACAGUCUGACAGUACGGGCUACGCGUCGUAUCACGAUUCGCCUGCAGAUGAAAAAGCAAGCAGGGAACCUUCUGAGGCUCCCGGAAAAUCCCAAGGCGAUGUCAAAGUAGGAGCCGCGGGUGUGAAAAGGGAGAAGUCAGAGGGAUCAAUCAAAACCACAAGGGAUCUCUCGCCUGUGGAUUCCAGCUUGCUUGGGGCACUUAAAGAGGACAGUAAAAUGUCCAUUUCAGAAGGAACCACGUCUGACAAGUCAGCCACACCAGUUGAUGAGGCUGUGGCAGAGGACACGUAUUCCCAUAUAGCUUCUGCCUCAACUGCCUCUCUUGCCACUAGUUCCCUCCCAGAGCCGACGGCAGAUGAUGUCUCCCCGUCUUUGCAUGCCGAGGUCGGCUCCCCUCAGUCAACAGAAGUGGAUGACUCCCUCUCUGUGUCCGUGGUCCAGACUCCAACCACCUUCCAGGAAACUGAGAUGUCGCCAUCCAGGGACGAGUGCCCCAGGCCGAUGUCAAUUUCUCCAGAUUACUCACCCAAAACAGCGAAAUCCAACACGCCUCAGCAGGAGCCCCGGUCUCCAGAGCAGGCCACCAUGUCCGUUGAAUUUAGCCAGGAGUCUCCCGAUCACUCCCUGGCCCUAGAUUUCAGCAAGCAGUCUCCAGAGCAUCCUGCACUUGGCGGAAAUUUUCUCGUUGCCGAGAAUGGCCCCACCGAGGUGGACUGCAGCCCGCCGGGAACUGCGGGCUCGGCAUUUUCAAGGGGCAGCUUGCCAACGGCAGAGAAACCGAUGCUCUUCAAAGAAGCUGAUUCAACUAACGCAGCUUCAGUCUCUCCCUCCGAUGGCUCUACCCCAUCCGUUAACACGCCCUCACAGACAGCCUCUCCAGUGAAGGCAGAUCCGCUUGUUAAAGCUACAGCCCCCAGAGAAAUGUCACCAGGCGCAUCACUGCUAUCCGAAAGUUCCCAGAACAUUGAGUCACUUCGGUACACAAAGUCUUCACAGAUUGAGUACAGCUCCUACCAAAGGCUGACGGAAGGGACCCAGAAAAGCGCUGCCGUCUCUGGGGUUCCAAGCGACUCUAAAACGUGUCUCUCGCCGCAGUCUCGAAGCAAUGUAGAUUUAUGCCUGGUCAGCUCGUGUGAGUACCGCCACCCUAAAACAGAACUUUCUCCGUCGUUCAUAAACCCAAACCCUCUGGAGUACUUCGCCAAUGAAGCAAACGCCCUAGAAGAGGAAAGGCCUUUGGCCAAGUCUGGGGGAAGGCCUCCUCCGUCCGGUGGGAAGCAGCACAUGAAACAGUGUGAGGAAACUCCAGCGACCUCCACCAGCGAAUCUGCCCCCUCCCAGACCGAUUCAGACGUUCCCCCAGGGACGGAGGAAUGCCCCUCCAUCACGGCCGACGCGAACAUCGACUCGGACGACGACUCCGAAACUCUCCCGACAGACAGAACCAUAACGCACAGGCACGUUGAUCCUCCUCCAGCCCCAAUGAGAGACUCCACCCCUUCCCCGCCACGCCCUGACGUCUGCAUGGUUGACCCAGAAGCUGCGCCAGUCACCGAAAGUCUAGAAAACACCCCCAAGAAAGAGGCGAGUGACCAGACCCCCAAGAAAAAGCAAGAAAGCAAGACCAAGUCCUCCACGGCAGCAGUGAAAACUAGCACUCCUAAAAAGAAGGACCCAUCUGCGUCCAAGUCAAGUGGCAAGUCUGAUGUGAAAGAGGGUGGGGGUAAAGAUGCUAAAAAUGCUACAAAUACCUAUGCUUCGAGGGGCCCAAAAAGUGCAACAGGGUCAGGCAGUGGUAUAGCAGCCGGGGGAGGCAGCGUACCUAACUGCCCCCCCGUAUACCUGGACCUGGUUUACAUCCCGAACCACUGCAACGCCAAGAAUGUCGACGCCGAAUUCUUCAAGUGCGUGAGAUCGUCUUACUACGUCGUCAGCGGCAACGAUCUGGCAGCUGAGGAACCUAGCAGAGCUGUGCUAGACUCCCUCCUGGAGGGGAAGUCCAAGUGGGGCAACAACAUGCAGGUCACUCUCAUCCCGACCCACGACUCAGAGGUCAUGAGGGAGUGGUACCAGGAGACCCACGAGAAGCAGCAGAACCUCAACAUCACGGUCCUGGCCAGCAGCAGCACGGUGGUCAUGCAGGAUGAGUGCUUCCCUGCCUGCAAGAUUGAGCUGUGAUCCCCCUGACACCCACACCCACACCCACAGCCACACCCACACCUACAGCCACUCCCACAGCCACACCCACAACUAUAGCCACACCCACACCCACACC